CUCAGCGCGGACCAGUGUGUGUGAAUGAAAGUGUGCGUGUGUGUGUGUGCAGGAUGAUGGAGGACGAGCCGCGAGAGACCCUGGACUAACCAUUUUGUUUUAUUUUUUAUAAACACACAUGGAACCUGCUUGCGUUUUCCUUCCAGGCUGGAUUUUAUACUGAAACACUGUAUAUAAGAAAAUGCCGUUCUCCAAGCGCAUCGUGGAGCCCCAGUGGCUGUGCAGGCGCUCGGACGCAGAGGACGAGCUACUCCAGGAUCUGUGCGCCUUCAGUAACGUGGCUCUGUCCCGGACCCUGCGCCAGCUGUCGGACCUGGCCAAACACGCCUGCUCGCUUUUCCAGGAGCUCGAGAAUGAGCUGCUUUUCACGAACCGGCGGGUGUGUGCGCUCCGGGACACCGUCAACCGUAUCCAGGAGAACACCGAGGCGCUCGACCCCAAGCAGGAGGCAGUGCCCUUGUCGAAUCUGGACAUCGAGAGUAAAUUGAGUGGACAUUACCAGGCUCCAUGGCACCUGCAGAGAAACGUGUUUCUGCCGUCCACGAGGCCCGCGUGUGUGGAGGAGCUGCACCGACACGCAAAACAGAGCCUGCGGGCCAUGUACAGGGACCAGCAGCAGAGGCAGCAGGAGAGCGAGAGAGAGCGGCGGGUCACAAUCUCCAUCUCCAUGCUCCCGUCGGUGCCCUCGUACCCGUCGCCCCGUGCCCACAGGAGACGCCAGCAGAGGGACACACAUCUGAGCACGGAGAGGACAGAGAGAGACACAGAGACCCAGACAACACAGACACAGUUUCAAAGCACCCGGUCCUCCUCCCCUACUGAGUGUUGUCAUUUUUCCCCAUGGAGCAGAAAGGUUACUCCUCCAGGUGAUUCAGACUCAGAGCUGGUUGCUUUGGGCCACUGGCCGACGUGCCCGAUCCCAAACGUGCCCUCAACGCUGGACAAGCAGACCAACUGGGCAGGACUUUUACCAUUACCAACCCCAGAAGAAAAGAUGAAGACAGACUCUCAAGUCAUCAACUCAUGCAUCGUCCCCAUUAACGUAACAGGGGUUGGGUUCGACAGAGAGGCCAGUGUACGCUGCUCGCUAGUGCAUUCGCAGUCCGUGCUUCAGCGGCGGAGGAAGCUCAGGAGACGGAAAACCAUCACUGGCAUUCCCAGAAGAGUGCAGCAGGAUUUGGAUUCUGACGAGUCUCCAGUGGCAAGAGAACGUACUGUGAUUGUUCACACAAAUCCUGAAAUUGGCCAGGAGGAUCUAACACUCUCUCGUCUCAAAACCAAGGACUCUGGUUGCCAAACUGAAGAAAUCUUAAUUGCUGGGGCUGCACCCUCACGUAGACGGAUUAGAGCACAAAGGGGGCAGUGCGCGACUGUGUCUCUGUCCCAUUCGACAGGCAACAUAUCUUCUCUGCCUGACAACUCUGACGCAAUGUUCACUACCUCGGCGGGCUCCCGUUUGCGGUCCCGAAGCCUUCCGCGUGAGGGAGGUCGACUGGUGGAUGAAGGUCAUGAUGACAGCGAUGAAGAGGAGGACGAGGAAGAAUUGUCUCCCUUUGAGGCAGAGGACUUCCUACCAGUUCCAGGGGAACAUAUAUUAAAAGAUGAUGAAGAAAGCACUGAUGAUCAGACGAUCCCAGAAGGACAGCAUAAUAGUUUGAAAUUCAAGCAGCAUGCUGGAAGUACAGACCACGAAUGGUUGGAGAGGGGUCGAUCCCGUCUGCCUCGGAAAGCUGACAUGGGUAGCUGCGAGAUUUCCUCUAGUUCUGACACAUUCAGUAGCCCUAUUCACUCUGUUUCCAAUGCUGGCGUGCUGACUAGCCAGAUGGACCACAAGGAGGAUCACCAGUCCUCGAGCGGCAACUGGAGUGGCAGUAGUUCAACAUGUCCCUCGCAGACGUCGGAAACCAUUCCACCUGCAGCCUCACCCCCACUCACCGGAUCAUCCCACUGUGAUUCAGAGCUAUCACUGAAUGCAGCUACCAAUACUAAUGAUGAUUCCACUGGCUUCAUUAUUGAUUCGUAUCCUGGGGACCGAUCGCAAGGGCUCCGCAGCCAUAGAACGGGUUCGUUCACUUCCACUGCAACUGACAUGCUUGAUGAUGCUGGAGUCAGCACUGCCAGUGAGGGUGAAUGGAGCUAUCCCCAAUACAGGCAUAACAUACCUUGCCACCCUGACUUCAGUCCUGAGCACUCUAGGGCAGAGAACAUACUCGAAUGUCCCAGUUUUACUAGCAUAGCCACUUUUGAAAGUUUAACAGAUAGGCCACCUUCUGAAAAGGCAGACACCACCUCGCACUAUUCUGUAGAUGCCGAGGGCUACUAUACCUCCAUGCACUUUGACUGUGGUCUUAAAGGUAGCAAAAGCUUCACAUAUAACUAUGCAUCUGUAGACCAGCAGCAGACAGAAUAUGAACAUCAAACAAACACACUUGGGAGACAUAGUCUCUCACUAAGGAAACCAAAGGUGAAGCCAUCCCCACCAAAACGCAGCUCAUCAUUGAGGAAAUUAAGCAGCCAUGUUGGACCUCCCACAGACAAGAAUGAACCAAAGAUUGCCGGUGAUCAGAACAAAUCAAUGUCUUCCGGGGAGAGAACACAGCACAUGGGAUUAAAUGGAGGCUCCUUGAGUCACCUGGAGAGCGAAGAGCCAUUGGGAGCAUGGGGUGUUGAGAGUUCAACCGAGAUUCCAGAUGUUGCUUUGUUUGGCUCCACAGAAACACAUUCCUUCAAGGAUGAGGGUGCUGUCCAGUCAGACUAUGCAGAUCUCUGGCUUCUUAAUGACUUAAAAUCCAAUGAUCCCUACAGAUCGUUGUCAAAUUCCAGCACAGCUACGGGUACCACUGUCAUUGAAUGCAUUAAGUCACAGGAGAGCUCAGAAUCCCAGACCUCGCAGUCAGGGUCGAGAGCAACAACUCCAUCACUACCAUCAGUGGAGAGUGAGUUUAGACUACCCUCACCAGAGAAGCUGGUAGGUCUAGCAUCACCUUCAAGUGGCUACUCAAGCCAAUCAGAGACACCAACAUCUUCUCUUCCAUCUGCUUUCUUCCCAAACACUCACCCAAUGUCCCCUACUGGUGGCAAGAGAAAACCCAAAGUCCCAGAGAGGAAGUCCUCACUUGCUUCUUUGCAGCAGAACUCAUCCAAAAGGGAACUUGAAUUGCCUAUCAUACCUCCCACCCACCUUGACCUAAGUGCCCUUCCCAAUGUCAGCAAGCCUUCAAUUCACAAAAACCAGAUGCACAUCCUCCACCACAGCAAGCAAAAAGCUGCAGAAACCAAGCGUGAGCGUCAAGCAUCUUCAGUUUCAAGUGAUGAUCUACCAGUUAGCAGUCCUUUAGCCAUCACUCCCACCAUACUUCGUUCGGUUCAGCUACGAGCAAUUGGAAAAUCUGGAGAAGGGAGUCACGAUCAGCCUAUAACUGAUACUGCCACUAGGCCUAAGUGUCCCACUGUGACUAUCAUCACGCCACCUACUCACAACAAAUCCCAUGAAAGUAGAAAACCUCCACCCUAUAGACCUCUUCUCACAGAACCCACCUCUCAGGACAAUUGCGAAUCACUGUUUACCCCAGUAGAUGGACUAGCUGCUAAGCAUAUUCCAAGCCAUUUUGGUGCAAGAAAUCGAUAUGACCGAUUAGCCCCAUCACCUCUUUGGAGCAUGACUGCUUUUAAGGCCCAGGCUGAGCCGGUAAACCUGGAUGAAGUGAUCUCUGAGAAUUCUCAAGAAGCUGCAGAGGAGAUGAUCUCCUCAGAUUAUUUAUUUGCCCAGAGUAGCAUGGAAGUACAGCAAAACCAAUCAUUGAGAUCUGAGCCAAACAACAGAAGCCCUGGUCAGAAUGGUGUAGCAAAAAGGUCAGAUAGUCUUGACCAAGUGCCUGAUAUUGUCAAUCAAAGAUCAGAGACAUUGCAAGCUUACCUAAUCAGUGGUGCUGGAGAACAAUCUGUAACAUCAGGUGUACCAACCAGAAGUGCCUCACAAGAAUAUGUAGAGGAAGGGUCUACACCAGACACAGAGGACUAUUUUAGUAGAGAGUCCACACCAAGUGAUCCACCAGUGUCCCCUCUGACUGACGAAUCCAAAACUGAAGACGAUAGCGUAUUCCUUUCUCCAAGUAAAAGUCGCACGACAGAGGAUCUCUUUGCCAUGAUUCACAGGUCAAAACGAAAAAUGCUGGGCAGGAAAGACUCCUCAGAAACAUUAUUGCGAGGCCGUUUAGCCGUUGUUUCAGGGAAUGGUCCUGCUACAAAUCCAACAACCCCUCCAAGCACCCCAAGCAUACCUGCGAGUCCAUCUACUCCAACGGGGGCUCAGAAAACCCCGGGUCCAAUCUACAGGAGUGUCAAAAAGUCCAGUACCUCGAAUGAAGAGUUCAAACUGCUGCUCUUAAAAAAGGGAAGUCGUUCUGACUCUAGUUAUCGAAUGUCAGCUACAGAGAUCCUAAAGAGCCCCAUCGCGCCCAAAAGCCCAGGGGAACUCUUGCUGGAGGGUUCUAGACCACUCGACGAGCCACUUUCUCCUAUACAACAGCAAUUUCCAGAGGCAACUCCAGAGCAAAUACCUAGCCCCUUUCCAAAAACUUUUGCUGAGGGCUUCUCCAUGAAAGCCUUUCCCACAUCUGCCUCAGCUAGACAAGGCCGGUCAAGGAUGCCUCCAGCUGCAAACAGCAGCCGCUACAGUACACGCAGUCGGCUGUACUGUGCUCCCAUGCAGGCCAUAUCAGAAGGCGAAACCGAAAACUCAGAUGGAAGCCCACAUGAUGACCGUUCCUCCUGAAAAAAAAUAAUGCACCUUUAACUUCAACUCUAGGCACAAUCUGAUAUUAAGGGGCUGUUUACACAACAAUAUUUUCAGCCAAAAACAGGAAUCUUUUUUAUGCGUUUUGCCUGUUUUGGCGUUUUGCCGGUUAGUUUUUAUUAUUUUGAUUGCACUGUUCAUUCAAUAGUUGAGUAGAUCAGAGCGCAUGCAUUCAGUGUUUUACGUUAUCACCUUACUAGCGCAUAUGACCGGUCAAAUUUCUUUUUGUUAAUCUAUAGACAGCAAAAUCUUUUCGUCCUUAUUUUUGUUGAUGAAAUUAACACUGAUGAAAACGAUGACAUCAUGUGCGUGCAUGGUAAGUGUUUAGGGAGGUGCUGAUUGAAGGCAAGUGCGAACCAAAACAACAAUGGCAGAGUAGGCGGUUGUGUUGACGUUGCUCAAAUGUUUGCUAACGCUUCAUCAGCAAAGUGUGGAUUUACUUUGCAUAAGCGGAGACUCAUCAUACACACACUGCAAAUUCUAGAUACACACUUCCCCAGCAGACACACAACGUCAUAAGACAUUAAUAUUAGGUUAGAUUUAUGUCACCACUGUCUAAUGACAAAGUUAUUUUGACUUCCAGUAACGACGUGAAAUGACGUUGAUAUUUUGGUGAUUUUAGGUUGUGUUGGAAAGUGACCAAAAUCCAACAUGGAGCCAACAUCUUAAACCAGGGUUGUCCAAAUGCGGUCCUGGAGGGGUGUCCAGCUGUGACUAGUUCCAACUUGCUUCAACACACCUGCCAGGAAGUUUGGUUAGAGUUGGAGCUAAACUCUCCAGGACAUCAGUCCUCCAGGACUGAGUUUGGACAUCCCUGUCUUAAGCUGCGGUCACACUGGACUUUUCUCCCCAUAGACUUCCAUUCAUACGUACGUGAAUGCGUCAGACCGGAAACGCAAGCUUGUGCGACAAGUUUCGCAGUUCGCUGCGUUGGAAAGUUAAAGCUUGGUGAACUCUGACCUGCGAAAUCGCAUCACAUAAUUGCGUGAGACCAAUCGAAGAUCAAAACCUGACCUCUCUGUAGAGAAAUUUCAAAUAUGGACCAAUCGCUUGCUUUUCUAAAUGUCUAAUCAUCUUGUUUAAUCUUGCCCCUUUUCGCAGUGCCAUACAACAGAAUUUUGCAAACUCAAACUCUAGUGUGACCGCAGCUUAAAACCAACAUCAUAUUGACGUCAAAUACUGACAUUUAUUCCUCAGGUAUGGCAACCAAAAUCCAAGGUCUGAUAGAUGUCAUAUUGGUAAUGUUCACACCGCAUCAAGCUAUAACAUUAGAUGUUAAUACUUUGUUGUUUUUAGGGUUGCUUUGGAAAGUAACCAAAAUGCAAUGUCUGUCUGACAUUGGACAUUGACAUCAGCCUGACGUUGGAUUCUGUCGUCAACCUGAUUUUCAUUUUGAAACAAAAUGGGGGUACAACGUUCUGUUCCUGCUGGGUUUCUUAAAGCUACUGUUUAGUAGCAAAAUGUCACUGUCAAAUACUGGUCUGGCAUAUGUAAUACAGCAUUACUGGCCAUUUUUGCAGAUGUGUAACUUCAUGCAAACGUGAAACGCAAAAAAAAAGGUUUAAUUUUCCGUUUUUGGCUGCAUCACUAUUGUGUAAACAAAUCCCAAGUCAAUAAUGCUGGAAACUUAACAUACACCGUAUCUGUUUUUAAACCGACCGUACGCAAACUACACUAGCGUAUCCACAAAAAACAUAUUCUGAGGAUGAUUUUCAGUAGUGGUGUUCUAGCGACUUCCAUGAGCAUAUUUAUUAUUUUAUGUGAAUACUUUGUGUACCUUUCGUUUGAGAAUGAGAGUGGAGAAAACGACAUGCUAAAGAUCCAUCCCUUUGUCAUUUUUCACAGUGCACCAAUGCGGAUGCUUUUAUCACACACACAUUUAGAAAGAAACAGUACUGUAACUGGGGUAACUGUGAAAAUGGGUCCGGGUGGUGUUGAAAGAAGGGAUUAAAGAAGUCUUGUACCUUAAAACAGUUCAUGGCAGACAGCUUGGGACAAUCAAAGAGUGGCCUUUUGUAUAGUUAGCUGUAGCAUAAAUGAGCUGGCCAUUUGAGUUAGCCUGCGACUGGAUCUUAUUGGGCAAGACAUGUAGCUGUGGUGGAUUAUCCUGAUGGCCAACCACUAUUUUGCACUUCUUUUGGUACUGAGAAAACGUCAGACAUUUUUGAGAAGUCUUACAACAAAAAGAGCCACAAAAGACGAGUGAAAAUAAAUAAAUAUCUAUGUAUAAAAUAUGAAUUUAAUGAAGUCUAUUUUAAUGAGAUUAGCUUAACGGACUAUCUGGCUUCCUUUUAACGCGCCAACUCAUUUUAAAGCAAUGCUGCAAAAAGAAAGACCACGUUUCUUCCCUUUCGUUCAAUAUUUAUCUUUUUUAAGCAAAUUUCUUACAAAAAAAUAUGAAUAAAUCAACCAAUUGUUGAACUGAUUUAAGAAGAACAUCAGCAGCUACAACACAGGCACUAAACGUAUUCUGUGAAUACCGAUCUUUCCUCGUUUAUUAAUGAUUCUGCUCACUGUGAAGCGAUUUUUGUUAUUGGUCACACAGCAGAACUAAUACUGUGCAAGCAUUUUACAGCCAACUUGAAAUUAUGCCUCUACCGCAGUGGUUGUAGCUUUUAUAUAUUUCAUCUUGAUAGAUCAAAUGAACUGCAUGCAAUAAAACUUUGGAGAGGAGUGGAUAUUGGUACGUCAUUUUUUUUAGGAGUAUCAAUAAAUUUGUCGAUUAUGUCAAAUAGGUCAUGAGCUGUUUUCCUAUUCUAAAAAAAUCGGACAAUCUUUUUCAAAGAAGUGUAUGUGUAGUAAAAUGGACUAUGGCAGAUUUAGAAAGGUAAGUAGACGUUUUUUAGAAGUGUGUAGUGAAAGUGCUUUUGGGCAGGAGGUUUUUGCGGUUUGUGUUGCUUUGGGUUUGAGUGUGCGAUGUUGAGAGGGCAAUGAGGGAUGUUACAGGAAGGCCAAAAGUUGGGGUUCUAUCUUAAAGGAAUAGGUCAUAUAAAUAUGUACUGACCCUCAGGCCAUUGAAGAUUACUUUUUCUUUAGUACAACACAAUAAGUUUGUAUAAUGGUAGUCAGUCAUCAGUCGUUUUAGUGAUUAAAAAUAAAAACAUCUAAAUAAGUUUGAAUCAGUCCUCGUGGCUCCUGAUGAUACACUGAGGUCGAAAUGGUUAUGAGGCGAAAUGGUUGCUCUGUGUAAGAAAUUAAGAGUUAUUUACAAUGGUAAAAUCUAGCCCUUGGUUGCUUGAUGAUGACUAGGGUUGCGUAUCAAAAACCGGUUACAUUUUAGAACCAGUUCUAAAUUUCAGAGAAUUUGAUGACUAGAGUUGGGUAUCAUAAACAGAUUCCAUUUCAGAACAUGUUCUAAAUUUUAAAGAAUUUAAUGACUAGAGUUGGGUAUCAAGAACCAGUUCCA